GAAAGAGGUUUUGUCGUUGAUGUGCCCUGGUGACCAUCUGUACACGAACGUGAACGCCUCAGACGCUGUUGGAGGUAUGGAGCCCAAAGGUGAUCCUCGCAGCACUCCUGCGGCAGAUCCACGCUUUGAUCCUGUCACACGGUCAGAUACACGAAGCGCACACUCAGUCAGACUUCAUCCAUUUAUCUGUUUUCGCUUUGUGUGAGUCCACCAGGCAGCCGCACACAGGGUGGCUGUCCCCCGAGCUGCUGCUGGCCGCCCUCCUCAUUCUGUGCCUCUCAGAAACCGUCCUCUCGUCGGCGCGAGGCCACCAGCCAGGCAUCAUCCUCGGCGCAGUGCUGUUUGUCCUCAGCGGCAUAGCGCUGCUGGCCGCCGCCUUCCCCCUCAGGUGCAUCUCGUCGUCCGGCUUCAAUCUGGCGGCGUGCAUCACGUGCAAGGCGGACAACAAGGUGCUGAGGUACGGCGGGCGGACGCUGCUGUGGAUCUUGGUGGUGCUGGUGACCUUCAAGCUGGUGAUCGGCAUUGCGUGCCGCAUGGCGGCGCCCAAGAUGCUGUUCCCUGACGCGUGUGAGGUCGAUGGAUGCACCAGGUGGGUCGGGUGAGCUGACUGACUGACUGGAUGCAUCAGCGGCGGUGGACAGACAGGUGUAGGUGUGUGCAUUCAUUCAUUCGUCUGUGCGUGGUGUGGUGUGUUUGGCUAUGUGUGGCCCGCCCAUCAGAGUGAGCUAUCAGUCUGCCCAGCGAGGUGAGGGUCUGAAGCCCCUCCAAUACAGUGUCGACAUGACAGCUGCCGCGUAAGCCACACCCACAGAAAACACGACAUGGUCCGGCAAACCGUGUUUUUCAUGUGGGCUGUGUGCCAUGUGGUGCGUAUCCUCAGUGACAUCGUGAAGCGAUGGAUAGAGGGUGAGCCAAUGGGUUACUUGGAGAGCGAGAGCGUGGUGCCAUCGCCCACACCCGGAUCAGCAGCACUCGUCCAGACACUACUGCACGGCAGGUGCGUCACGUCCACCUCUGUCUGCAGCCAGGCGCUCGACACAACACGGCACCCUGUCUGUCUGUGUGCUGAGCCUGGCCUGUCUGUCCCUCAGGUUUCUGACCCGCUGGAUGGGCUUCUCUGACGACCUGUUUGUGCUCCUGCGGUGCUCAAACGAAGCACUGCUCGUCGAGGCACAAAGGCAACCACACACACAACACACACACACACAGACGGAUGCACAUCAUUAUUCCUUCCUCUGUCUGUGUGUGUAGUUCGUUGCGUGUGGGUCGGGACGACUUCGGAGUCAACGAGCAGCGUGUGCGUCGGCUGUGGGGCCAUCUAAAGGAUGAGCUGCCCACCCUGCCGCAUGCCAAGUGCCCACCGGAGAGCCAAGACGCCAUGCACAGAUAGACACACACCCACAUGACAUGACAUUAGGGUCCCGGUGUGGUGUGGUGUGGGUGUCAAGCACUCACUAGGUGGGUCUGCCACCUGGGUGUCUGGUUGGCUUCCUUACUGUAGAGGUGUGCGUACUCAUCCGCUCACGUCACGUACGGCAUUUGUUUGUAUCUGUCUGCAAGGCGUAAGUAACAGCGG